UUACCAUUAAAAAUUUUUAAGCUUAUUUUAAGGGCACAAAAAUUAUUAAAGCGUUUUGGUUGUUCGUAUGAAUAUUAUGUCCAAUUAUUCUUUUGUCCAAAAUUCGGACCAACUUUUUAUCGAAUUGAUGGAAUCGACUUUUUUGGAAAUUAUUUUACUCGUAUGGGGAUGUUUAAUUGGACGGUAAUACCAACUACUACAACCGAGCCAUUACUGAUGCGCAGAAAUAGAAAAUGUAAUUGUUCUGAUGGAUUUUCUGGCCUUCGUUGUGAACAUGGUACUUCCUUUACUCUUAUAAGCUUAUAUGAUUAUUCCGUAAAAGAAAUUUUGCUGUUAAACCGAUUUAAGUCGAUUGAUCAUGUUUUACAAGCUAUGCCUUUGAAUAGAUUUACGAAUCGCAUUUCUCCCGAUUCUAUGUUUGGUGCGAUUAGAAAUGCAUAUGAACAAUUUAUAGUCGGAAAGCAUUCACAUGUUUAUGCGAUCACUGAUUCGUGUACAAAUGAUGUCCAUGAAAUGGAUUCUCCAAUCGAAAUUAGUCGCCUUUGUAGAUCACCGGUGGAUUUACUUAAAAGAUUUCUUUCUAAUUAA